CCACGCACGGUCUCCUUAAAUCCGAUCCACGGAUCACCACCACCAUUACCGCGCCUCCGCUCUCCCCUGCCUUUCCUGCACUCCCAACCACCACUCAACUCAAGGUCGGCACUGCCGCUGCGACUUCUUGGAUCAGAUUUCACUGACGUUGGACCGCGAAGAAGCCGCCGGAUCUUCUCUGAGGUCGGCGCCGAGAUCCGGAGUUGCAAAUCCGAACACUGCGCGAUUUUGAGUUUUGGGGAUCUUGUCUUGCUGGAUAACAGUGCGGCGGAGCCCUCCUUCUCCUUCCUUCCUUGCUGGGACAUUGGCCGUCCGAUCUGUGCUCUGCUCUGUCCACCAGUGGUCGCACUUUUGCUCUUGUCGCCUGCUGCUGUCAGUUACUCGUCAAGAUUUGCACCAAGUCCAAAGAUGACUUUGCGCAGCAUAGUUCGUGAUUUCCGGGAGAGCUUUGGAAACCUGUCAAGGCGGAAUUUUGAGGCGAAAAUUUCGAGCGUCCCAAGCCUUUCGGGCCAUUACAGAGGGAAAUCGCUUGAAUCUGCAAGUGAGCUGCAGGAUAGUCUUGUCACAGACCUGCAAGGCAAUUGGGCUAGCCUUCCUCCUGAAUUGCUUCGGGAUGUGAUGAAAAGGCUGGAGGAAGAUGACAGCAAUUGGCCAUCCCGCAAGGAUGUUGUUGCUUGCGCUUCUGUUUGUACAACUUGGAGAGAGAUGUGCAAGGAUAUAGUCAGGAAUCCAGAAUUUUGUGGAAAGCUCACCUUUCCCGUAUCUCUUAAGCAGCCUGGAUCUCGAGAUGGUUUAAUCCAAUGUUUCAUCAAAAGGGACAAGUCAAAACUAACUUAUCGUCUGUACCUGUCCCUAACUUCUGCUGUGCUUGAUGAUAAUGGCAAGUUCCUACUAUCGGCCAAAAGGAGUCGACGGACGACGUACACCGACUACGCCAUUUCUAUGGAUCCUAAAAAUAUCUCCCGGUCAAGCAGUGGCUACAUUGGGAAGUUGAGGUCAAAUUUCCUUGGCACCAAAUUCAUCAUCUACGACACACAGCCACCAUACAAUGCAGGAAAAUUGUGCCCGCAAGAACGGACCAGCCGGCGGUUCUCCUCCAGGAAGGUUUCCCCAAAAGUUCCGGCGGCAACUGGCAGCUACCCCAUCGCCCAGGUGAACUAUGAGCUGAACGUGCUCGGCACCCGCGGGCCAAGGCGGAUGCAGUGCACCAUGAACUCCAUCCCGACAUCGGCGGUAGACCCCGAUGGUGUUGUGCCUGGCCAACCGAAGGAGCUACUCCCCCGGCUAUUCGAGGAAUCCUUCCGCACCACCGCAAGUUCCAGGUACUCCACGGCAGACCACUCGACGGAUUUCGGCAGCUGCCGCUUCUCCGAGUUUGGGGGAGGGCCUCUGCGAGAAGACGGCGGCGACGACAAUGCGGAGGACAAGGAGAGCCCGCUGGUUCUCAAGAACAAGUCCCCGAGGUGGCACGAGCAGCUGCAGUGCUGGUGCCUCAACUUCCGUGGCCGCGUGACGGUGGCCUCGGUCAAGAACUUCCAGCUGAUCGCCGCACCCGCCCCGCCACCGCCAGCCUCCGGAGGAGAGGCAGCUCCCGAGCCGCCUUCACAGCUGCAACCGCCCCAGCAGCAGCCUACCUCUGCUGCCGCACAGCCCCAGCCUGCUGGCAGUUCCUUGUCGGCUUCGUCGUCGUCCUCCUCCUCGAGCCAUCACGACACGGUGCUCCUGCAGUUCGGCAAGGUGUCCAAGGACACCUUCACCAUGGACUACCGGUACCCGCUGUCGGCCUUCCAGGCCUUCGCCAUCUGCCUGACCAGCUUCGACACCAAGCUGGCAUGUGAGUAAAUAGAUUAUUAGUACGACAGCAGCGGCCAUUCGGUGUUGUCUCUCGGUCAAAAUUCCACGCCGGGGCCCGGGCCUGGGCCUGGGAACGAACAAACCAACGUAUGCAUCAAGUGCAGGGGCAAAUGUCUGUGCAGCAUACAACCACUGUUGGUUCAGUUUCAGUCUGCCUGGUAAAGCCGUUACCACUGUUGGUUCUGCCUGGUAAAAGCUGUUACCAAUAGGUAGGGGAGAUGAUGUGCUUGGUAAAGCUGUUGAUAGGGGUUCAAGGUGUGUGUGGUUCAGGGACAGGCUUCCACUAUGAAAUGUGAUUGCUACCUAUGCAUGUCUGAUGCUGCCUGGGACUGCUAUGAAAUUUGAAGAGAUGUUGAGUUACAAAGUAGUAAGUACUAGGGUGUAGUAGUCUUGCAAGGUUGAGUUGUGUCUCUCAGUUUGUAGUUACUGCUGAAUGCUGACUGAUGUGACCAUGGAUGUAAGAAAUCUUGGAUUAGUCA